CAUUUUCUGAUAGCAUGGAACCCCUCUGUUGCUUCCUCAUUGAGACAGCCACCAUAGGAUUGGGGAUUUUCUUCUUCUUCUACUGCUUCGUCUAUAAGUUGAAGAGAAAUGGCAGCAAAGUGAAAUUGCCAGGACCACGUCCAUGGCCUGUUGUAGGAAGUCUCCAUCUCUUGGGAAACCUUCCUCAUCAGGCGCUUACCAAGCUGGCAAGGAAAUAUGGAUCCAUUAUGUUUCUCCGUUUGGGCUCCAUCCCCACUGUUGUGGCGUCUUCUCCUGCCAUGGCAAAAGAAAUUCUCAAAACGCAUGAUUUGGUCUUUGCAACCAGACCAAACAGUACGUACGGGAAAUACGUAGCCUAUGAUCAUAAAGACGUCCCUUUUGGCCCCUAUGGAGAAUCGUGGAGGCAAAAGAGAAAGCUGAUGACAUUGGAGCUGCUCUCAGUGAAGAGAAACGAUUCCUUCAGAUUCGUGAGAGAGGAAGAAGUGUCGACCAUGAUCGCCUCCAUCUGGCAGGAAAGCAGCCACGGAGCUCAGUUUGUGGAUGUAAAGAAGAGACUCUCCUCCCUUACUCAAAAUAUUAUCUGCAGAAUGUUUGCCAGCAGGACGUAUUCCGACAACGACUUGAGUGGAGCGCAUGGCUUCAAAGAAAUGGUUGGAGAGAUGUUUGCUCUGUCCGGUACAUUUCCUAUUGGCGAAUAUAUUCCUUUUCUCGACUGGAUGGACUUGCAAGGAUUCCGUCGUCGCAUGCAGACCGUUCACAAAAUAUUCGACGGAUUUGCCGAAAAAGUAAUUGAUGAUCACAUUGAUCGUAGAUUGGGAGAAAGAAAACCUAAGGAAGGAGAUCGCGUUAAAGACCUGGUAGACGUGAUGCUUAGUAUGGCCGAGACGGAGGGCCAGGCAAUCUCACGGGUUGACAUCAAAGCCAUGAUCAUGGAUAUAUUGAACGGGGGAAUGGAAACAGCGGUGACAGUGCUAGAUUGGGCGAUGAGUGAAUUGCUAAGGAAUCCUGAAACGCUGGCACGUGCGCAGCUGGAGAUUGAAUCAGCAGUGGGCAGAGACCGCAGAGUGAAGGAGAGUGACGUCAUGAGCUUUGAGUACUUGCGAUGCGCGGUGAAGGAAACUCUUCGACUUCACCCACCAGCUCCACUGCUCAUCCCGCACGAGUCGAUGGAAGAGUGCAGCGUGGGAGAAUAUUUCAUUCCGCAAAAGACGAGGGUGUUUGUGAAUGUGUGGGCGAUUGGAAGGGAUGAAAACGUUUGGAAAGAUGCUCAUCAGUUUAAGCCCGAGCGGUUCAUGGGCAUUAAUAAGGAUCUGAGAGGUCAGGACUUCGAUUUCCUGCCGUUUGGAGCAGGAAGAAGAGGAUGCCCUGGGAUUUCCAUGGGUAUUUCUAUUACUGAGUUGGUACUCGCUCAGCUGCUUCAUUGUUUUGACUGGACUGUGAAGGGCGAUAUAGAUAUGGUGGAAGAGUUUGGAAUAACUGUUAGCAGAAAAAAUCCGCUGUUUGCCUGCCCUAAAUGGAGGCUCACUACGGAAUAUCCUAGUUAAGCAUGCACUCUGCCAUAGGUGUUUUCAUUAGGCUUUAGUUCGGUUACAUGAACAGAUUUUUAGAUUAAAUCCAUGAUAUAUAAGUGGAAUAGACAUAUAAAAAUAUACUACUUUUAUAUGAUCAACAAUAUAUAUUAAUGUUGCAAGAUUAGGAUUGCAUAUUUCUUAAGUCUCCCUGUUAUUAGUGCUGUUCUGUG